AUGCCGCACCCCACUACCCUCGCCGCCGCCCUCACGGCCGCGCUGGCCGCCUUGCCGGCCGCUCAGGCGGGCAUGUACACCAAGAACUCGCCCGUCUUGCAGGUCGACGCGCUCUCCUAUAGCAAACUCAUUGCGAAGUCGAACCACACCUCGAUUGUAGAGUUCUAUGCGCCAUGGUGCGGCCACUGCCAGAACCUCAAGCCUGCCUACGAAAAGGCCGCCCGCAACCUCGCCGGACUCGCCAAGGUCGCCGCCAUCGACUGCGACGACGACGCCAACAAGCAGCUCUGCGGCUCCAUGGGCGUCCAGGGCUUCCCCACCCUCAAGAUCGUCCGGCCCAGCAAGAAGGCUGGCGGCCGCCCUAUCGUCGAGGACUACCAGGGAGCCCGCACUGCCGGCGCCAUCACCGAGGCCGUUGCGUCCAAGAUCAACAACCACGUCAUCCGCGUCGCUGACAAGGACCUUGACGGCUUCCUGGAGGGUGAAGGCCCCAAGCUCCUCCUCUUCACCGAAAAAGGCACGACCAGCGCCUUGCUGAGGAGCGUCGCCAUCGACUACCUUGACGUCGUGUCCGUCGGGCAGGUGCGCAACAAGGAAAAGGCGGCCGUCGACAAGUUCGGCAUUGAAAAGUUCCCUACCCUCGUGCUUAUUCCAGGCGCGGGCAAGGACCCCGUUACCUAUGACGGCGAGCUCAACAAGAAGGACAUCGCCGCGUUCCUGUCCCAGGUUGCCCAACCCAACCCCGACCCGGCGCCAGGCAACGGCAAGGACAAGGCAAAGGACAAGUCCAAGUCCGACAAAGCCAAGACUGACAAGCCCAAGUCCGACAAGGCCAAGACAGACAAAAAGGAGAAGAAGGAGAAGAAGGAGACCAAGUCCAAGCCAGAGCCUUCCAAGGAGGCCGAGCCCGAGGAGUCGCCCGAGGCGUCCACCGCCACGACCACCGAGGGCGCUACUGCGACUCCGGACAUUGUCCCCAUCCCCACCGUUACUGACGCCAACAUGCUGGUGGAGAAGUGCCUCCUUGCCAAGUCGCACACCUGCGUCCUUGCCCUUGUUCCCUCCGAGGCGUCCAGCAACGGCGACAAGGCAGUGGCGUCGCUCUCACACCUCAACACCAAGUACAUCCAUGGCCACCGCCACCUCUUCCCCUUCUUUGCCGUCCCGGCCAGCGUCGAGGGCGCGUCGGCGCUCAAGGGCGCGCUUGAGCUGUCCGGUGACGUCGAGCUGGUUGCGGUCAAUGCGCGUCGUGGGUGGUGGCGACGGUACGAAGGCGACUUCGGGGUUGAGAGUGUCGAGAGCUGGAUUGACAUGAUUCGCAUGGGUGAGGGCGCCAAGAACAAACUGCCCAAGGAGAUUAUCAUCGACGAGGUCAAGGCCGAGAAGCCCGCGAGCUCUUCUCAGACGAGCGAGACGCGCACUACCGAUCCCGAGCCCGAGGAGGAGACCGAGGCCCCCGAGGCCACGCACUCGAUUGUGCACGAGGAGCUGUAA